UCUUGCUCUGCUUUGUGAUUUUCGUUUUGCUCCGAUGGAGGAGACCGCGGCCGGGAGCAUCGACGGCCGCCGUGGCCUGCGUGAGAACGGCGAGGCGAGAGCUGCGGCCGCCUCCGUGCCUGGCUACCUCCGGCCGUCGGCUGGGUCGUGCCACCACGUCUGCAAGUACGGCGGCGCGCACACCUUCGAGGAGAGGGAGCCUCGCCGGGCUGCGCUGCCGAGGCCCCGGAAGCCGCAGCCGGCGGCGGCGGCAGCGGCUCCGGUGAUCAGCCAGAGGACGACGCCGACGCCGGCUGUGGCGUUGGCCAAGCUGAGGUCGGCGUCGUCGCGGAGACGGGUCGGGGACUUGACCAAGCCAGAGAAGGCCGGCAGCAAGAAGCCGGUGGCCUCCUCCACCGUCGUCGUCGACGUCGACACGGGGAAGAAGGACGCCGGCGCGGUGGUGUGGAAGGACAUCGUGGCGUACGACUCAUCCCCGCAGCCGCCGGAGAACACCACCAUCGCCGGCGGCGGCACCAAGAAGAAGAUGAAGGAUGUGAGCGUGGCCAAGGGGAAGAAUCCGAUCAAACCAUCACCACAUGGCAAGGCCAAGAUCGUCGCAGAACAAAUCGACGACGACAUUGCCGCCACCAAGAAGAAGAAGAAGAAGCUGAUCAAGUCCGUCGGGUCGAAGCUGACCGGCAAGGCCUCUUCGCCGGAGCUUAAAUCCGGCGACGCAGCGGCCUCCCCUUCUGACCAGAACAAGCAGAAGGUGAUCAAGAGCAGGACGACGACGACGACGACGAAGAGCGUGAAGCCUCCGAAACCGAAGCAGAAUCUCGUCGAAACUGGUCAAGAAAUCGUUCAUGAAAACUCAUCGUCAUCUUCGUCUUCGUCUUCAUCAGCAGCGAUUGAUACCAAAGAGGAGAAACCACACCACCCUCUCGGCCAAGAACACAGCUCAGGCAGGGCGCCGACAGCAACGGCGGCGGCGGCGCACCGGAGAGCGAAGAGCAUGAGCAUCGCCGGCAGCAGCAAGUCCGUUCGCUUCCCGUUCACGCGGCAGGGGAGCAGGAGCUCCACCACCACCACCACCAGCAGCUUCAAGGUCACCCGCUCCAAGAGCAGCAGAACCGCCGCGCCACCGGAACAAGCUGAACCAGCUCCGGCGACACGGCUCAGGUUCUUCAGAAGAGGCGACGCCGGCGGCGGCAGCAGCAGCGGUGGCGCCGGCAUUCAGCUGAGGAUCAGAAGCCUCCGGAGGCGAGGCAGCAGCAGGGGCGGCGGCGGGACGGCGGCGGGUGGGUUCGUGGUGCCGGCGGUGGCGCUGCGGCACCAGAAGACGCUGGAGAAGAAGAAAAGCCGGCGGCUGUACAACAGCGUGAUCGAGGAGACGGCCGGGAAGCUCGUCAUGGCGAGGAAGAGCAGGGUGAAGGCGCUCGUCGGCGCCUUCGAAUCACUCAUCUCCAAGAUUGGCAAGUAGCAGCAGUAGCACAAGCUCAAGAUUGAUUUCCAUGGAGAUUUUGCUCUUCUUGGCAAUUGAUGAUCCAGUGGUUUGCUUGGUUUGUGACUUAUUCGGUACACAUGAAUUUUACAGGAUUUUCAUAGAAUUUCUACGAAAUUCGUCAUAUCCAAAUAGGCCUAGAUGUAGCAUGAUGGAAUUUGGUAAUGAUUGUGUUUGCUGUUCUCUCUGUGUGACUGUGAAUCAAGCCCAAUCUUUGCUUUGGAGCUGCAGGUUGAAUCCUGGACUUGCUUUUCUUGUGAAAUGAGAUUUGAAUUCCAGUUCAGUCUUGCUGAAAUUCACAAUUUCAGAGUUCAGAUAACUUGAAGUAGCAUAACACUCAGUCCAGCUGGUUUGUUUAUAUGA